AUGGCACCGCCUAUCAAGGGCUGGAGAGCCGCUCUGGACGCUCUGAUGCACGGUGAGGCUGCUUUUGUGUUCAUCUACGUAAUCCCCUUCUACCUUUCGUCGGCCACGCGCCCGUCGGCCACGCUCACUCGCGAUGCGCCGUCCUCGAUACGCGCCAGGACACGGGCCGUGACCUUCUCUACCAUUGUGUGCUCCAUCCUUACCGUCUACGUGCUCUACGAACAUGAUGUACCCCUGCGCGAGAUCUUCAAGCUACUCGGACUCUGGCCUGUGUCCCUCUUCGAUACCGCCCAGACAAUGCUUCUAGUGAUUAUCCUCUUUGCCGGUCCGAUCUUCGAGCACGGCGUGGUCGACGGCGCAUGGGCAGACUGGAUCAAGCUGCGAGGGGUCUACGAGUCCCUGAGCAGUUGGAUUGGUUAUAGGAACUACAUAGUAGGUCCGGUCAGUGAAGAGCUCGUCUGGCGCUCGUUCAUCGUGCCUCUGCAUGUACUUGGCCACUUCACUGGCAAGCAAAUCGUCUUCCUGACACCACUGUACUUUGGAAUAGCACAUCUGCACCACCUCUACGAGUUCCGUAUCACGCACUCCGAGGUGCCCCUGUUCAUCGCCAUACUGCGCUCCCUGUUCCAAUUCACAUACACCUCGCUGUUCGGCUUCUUCGCGACCUUCGUAUACCUCCGCACGGGCAACGUCUACACUUGCAUACUAGCGCACACCUUCUGCAACUGGAUGGGUCUGCCUCGGUUCUACGGCCGCGUCGGAGUCGAGAUGGGCGUACCAAUUGGGCCUCCAUCGGUCGACAAGAAAGAUGACGAGCAGAGGAGCGUGCCGGCAUAUCAAGGCAAGGGGCCCCUGUGGACUGUGGCGUACUACAUCGUCCUUGUGGCUGGCGCAGCAGGGUUCUACUGGCUUCUCUUCUCCCUAACCGAAAGCAAGCAUGCCUUGCCGGUAGAUCUGGUCAGCUAGAAGCAAGUGCCGACGAUGAUGAUCGUUCGCAUGGUAACGGGAGUGUAGUGUCGUACACGGUAAACUUACUUUGCGCACGUUGAAGGCGCCUGGAACCGCACGUUACGACGUUGUGCACGUGACUAAACGCACUGCGAUUCAUGCUCAUGAUUCAUGAAUUUCCACUAGACCUAGCACCAGUGCAAUUAGC